AUGCAAACACAAGUUGCAACAACUAGUCAAACACCUUCAGCAAAAACCACUGCAACCACUAGAGCAUCAGCACAAACGUCGACAGUAACAACUACUGUAACCACCACAGCCAGCAAUGUAACAACCACAACAACAACAAGCACUGCUACAUCAACGAGUCCAACAACAGCUAGUCCGAUUCCAGUCACUACAAAAACGACGAGUCGUGUUGAAAAUGUUGACAACGACAAGGAUAGUGAGUCGGAAGGUGAUGGAGCUGAAGAGAUCCUAGAGGAAAGUCCAUGCAAAAGGUGGAGUAAACGACGUGAGCAAGUAAAGCAACGUGAUGUACCUGGAAUCGAUUUUGCUUACUUGGCAAUGGAUAAUGAAACCGGAAACGAGGUCGUCUGGAAUGAGGUGCUUUUCUCCGAACGCAAAAAUUUUCGGGCUCAAGAGGAGAAAAUUAAUGCCGUGUUUGAUAACUUGACGCAUCUUGUGCAUACAAAUCUUGUCAAAUUCCACAAGUAUUGGACUGAUCCAAAAUCCGAAAAGCCGAGGAUAAUAUUCAUAACGGAGUAUAUGUCAUCUGGUUCACUUGCACGUUUCCUUCAACGAACCCGCAAAUCUGGCUCAUCGCUCAGUUUGAAGGCGUGGAAAAAGUGGACCACUCAAAUAUUAUCAGCGCUAAAUUAUUUGCAUUCAUGUACUCCACCAAUUGUUCAUGCCAAUUUAACAUGUAAUACAAUGUUCAUUCAACAUAAUGGUCUCAUUAAGAUCGGAUGCGGUAUUUUUUAUCUUCAUCGUUCGUAUUUCUUCACUCUUUUUUUCCAACUAUUCAUUCUAAUUUGUAUUCAUAAAUAUAUGAUUUUUAUUUAUCUUCAAAUAGUAGAAAUGCUUGUUGAUGAAUAUAGUUUAUUACAAUUGAAUAAUAUUGCAGUUGCACCGAACGCAAUUCAUCAUCAUGUGAAAACAUUCCGCGAAAAUAUCAAAAAUAUGCAUUAUAUUGCACCUGAAUAUGAACAUUGUACGGCAGUUGCACCGCCAGCCGAUAUAUAUUCGUUUGGAAUCUGUGCAUUAGAGAUGGCAUUGCCAGUUGGCCUUGGCGGAUGUUCUGGAAAUGGCUCUUCUGAAUCAACGAUAGUCACCCAUGAAAUGAUCAAAAAAGCGUUAGAUACCAUUGAGGAUCCCAUGCAGAAAAAUUUUAUCGCGAGCUGCUUGAACCUUGAUCCAUCCAAAAGGCCAACCGCUCGUGAACUGCUCUUCCAUACCAUUUUAUUUGAGGUGCAUUCGUUGAAGUUACUGGCUGCUCAUCAAAUAGUAACGUCGAAGCUAAAUGAUAGUCUUAAUGAAGAUGACUUACGGGUCGACGAUCCUGAGCGAGUUGCUGCCACGUCGAAAUUCCGUGAGAUGGCCUACUGUCAGGUGCCAGCUUUCCAGGUGGAUUUAGAUAAGUUUCUAGAGGAUGUAAGUAAUGGUAUUUAUCCUCUGACAGCAUUCGCACCCCUUGCACAUCAGCCGAGAAUGACAGCAUCCACAUCAUCGAAUACACUUACAGCUGAUACACUCAUUGUUGACCAUUCUAAAGCAGCGAUCUUAGUUCCAGAUUUUGAGCAUGGUUCGGAAUCUGGCGAUAGGCCUGAGCCAACACCUUCACCGCCUGGCGAUUCACCUACGGCAAAUACUGAAAGUCGUGCUAUCGUAAAGUUGAACGUCUCAAUUAACGGGUCUUUGUUAACGAUAAUGUUACAACUGGACGACUUAAUGAACCGCCAGCUGACGACCGAGCUUCAUGAAAGUGAUAAUGCGAAUGCGUUAGUUACAGAACUCAUACAGCAUGGACUUGUCUCAGAAAUGGAUGAAGAAAAACUGUGUAGUGCAUUGGCAGAAGCACUUGAAAAAGAUCGAGUGAGUCGGCAAAGUGAUGUGCAAGUGGCUGAUGAGCCAGUGGCGGCUGCACCGAGGUUAUGA